AUGGAUCCUCAAAAAGAACCAGUCAAGGGUGAUGUGGAUAUCAGUUCAAUCGAAGGGGCCGAAGGAGGUGAGCCGAUAGGCGAAGAAGAUGAGCAAAGUAGCUACGCAGCGAAGCAUUUUCCAACCCGCCCGGUCCGUGCCUUUACUUUAGGUCAAGUGUCCAUCCCUCUCGUACCGGUUCCACACGAGGGCGCACGAGGUUCUGCAAGACCUGGGAUAGUGGAAUACCGGGCAGCAGGGAAAGAAAGGCAGAUGAUGCAGCGAGUAUGGCUCUGCGAGACCUCUAGUCUCUUGGGAGAUUCUCGUUUUGCCAUGGCAGACUUGGGCAUGAAGUGCCUCAUGCGUUUAAGAAGCCGUGAUAAAGAACAGCCUCGGAAUGAGGUUCCACUAGGAAUCGAAGCUGGAUACGGAGGAAAGGGGAUUCCCGUAGUAGCGGCUAACAAAGCGGGGUCAGCCAACUCUAUUGUACGAUGCCAGUCAGCCCGUCUGUCUUCAACAAAGCGCAGGAACGCACGAGAUAGAGUCUAA